AUGGUAGAUCAGAAUUACUUCUCCGCAUUGACUGAUGACGAAGUGUCUGUGUUAUUCUGUUUUCUGUGUUCUGACUCCGGUCCUCCUGACUUCACCGACACAGAGUGGCUGGACUUGCUUAGUAAGAUACGACAGCAAGUUUUCACCAAGUAUGCUAAUGUAACACGUGAAGAAGCACACCAGACUCUAGACAGACUGAAGUCACGUGAUUACCUUUGGGAAGAUCAGGACAACAUUAAUGAGACCACAAAGGAUGAAACAAUGUACAAAAUAGCAUCAAACAAAAGUGAUUUACCAUUCAUUUACAGUAGUUAUAACACAGGUAGUGUGUACCUGAGAUCAAGACAAUCCAGCAGAAAACCUGGAGAGAAGUGUGUCAUGAGUGACAGAAGUUACUGUGAUGACUUGCUGAUACUCCGUCUACAGAUGAACAUACUGACUCACGUCACCAUGGAGGACACGGGAAUGUAUUAUAAAAUACACCAAAUAUUGAAUGUUCCAGUUAAUAUUUUGAGUGAAAAUGAAGAUAAAAGGAGAGACUUUCUAACAGUGCAAAAAAGAGGAGGGGAUGCCGUACAUUUAAGAGGAAGAUCACAUAAUAGUGUAGAUCACGUGACGUGGCUCUGGAGAUACGAGCGGUGGGCGAGACCUAACAUCGUGAGAUCCUGUAUAGGACUCCAUCCACACUUGGACAUUUACAUCAUCGACAACAAACCUUACAGAAAACCAAAUCAGUAUCACAAAUACAAGCCUUCUGUGAAGUGGCUCCUCUAUGGGGUUUUGUUGGUGGAUCAGUUCACUCUUGAUGUCAAUAACGAGUCCCAUAAAGAAGUAUUGAACAUACUCAGGGAAAGAUAUUUCACAGAAUUAACUUUAUAUGGUGAAAUCAUCGUGCCAAACAUCCCUAGUGAAAUAACUAAUAUACGCGACAACAGGAUCACAUUUAUAUCAGACGACAUAAGACAUGACGUCAUGUACGCCUUUGUUACGGAAUGUCUGGUGGAGGACAGUGAUCUGGAGUUUUUCCUGACCACGGCGUCACGUGACGUGAUCUCAGAAUACUGCCGGUCCUGGGAGUAUAAGAGGAGUAAAGGAGAGAGAUGUCUGUAUGUACCGGACGAGCCGGAGAAGAUGUACGACCUCUUCAUAGACAAACUACAGCUGGACAUCAUCUCGCACUGUACCUUGUCUGACGAGAGGAUUCAUGACAGGAUCAGUAUACGUCGUAAGUAUUUAUAA